UUCUUCUUCUUAUCAAAUGUUUAUUUAUACAAAUAAUGUUUUACUUGUUGCCUAUAAUCUACUGAUUACUAAAUGUAAUUUUGAAAUAUUUGUUCGAUUUUCCUGCUCCUUGAUCGAUUUUCGCAUGAUGCAGUCAAAGGAUGCGGCGUCGUCAACAGGUUGCCGAGAAUGACCCAGUUCAAUCGACGCCGCCGCACCUAACCUUAACAAUAACAACAAUUCAUACUCUUUCGUGCCGAAGAAUCGUCGUCCCCCUGAGACGAUGAGGCGAAAAGUGACGGUCCUCGAGUUCGUGGCCAAAAACUGGCUUCUCCUCGGUAUCCUACUGUGCAUUGUGUUUGCAAGCGUCUUUCCCAAAUUGGGCUCCAAAGGUGGACCGCUGAAACCCGAAUACACCGUCAAGUAUGGUGCGGUUUCGCUCAUCUUCCUCAUCAGCGGGUUAACACUGAAGACGGAUUCCAUCUUUCACACCUUCAAGCAGUACAGAUUGCACCUCUUCAUACAGCUCUUCACCUUCGUCCUGAUCCCGCUGUACGCACAGCUGGUCGUAAAAGUGUUGGCCUUCUUCGGCGUCAACGGAUGGAUUCUACGUGGCUUCAUCACCGUCGCCUGCAUGCCGCCUCCUGUAUCCAGCGCUGUGAUCCUGACGAGGGCUGCCAACGGCAACGAGACAGCCGCCAUCUUCAAUUCGGUCCUCGGAAGCUUCCUGGGCAUCAUCCUCACGCCAAUCUCACUUUUAAUCAACCUAGGUUUCACGACCGUUGUGCCUCUGAUGGGCACAGUCGUGCAGCUCAUCACCACCGUCCUCGGACCUCUGAUGCUGGGUCAAGCCAUAAGGAAUUGCACUUCCUUCAGGGGUCACACUCUGCCUUUGGGCACCGUCAGUCAGUUGGCUCUGAUAGUGGUCAUCUUCACCACCUUCUGCGAUACCUUUGAAACUCCAGAGAUGGGUCUCACUGCAAGCGAUAUCCUCAUCACGGUGUUCUUCGUCUUAAUGAUGCAAAUCUCCCUUCUUUGGGUCAGCUUCCAUUUGGGCAAAUACAAUAAGAAGUACUUCGAGCCUUCGGACACCAUCGCCAUCGUGUUUUGCUCUACCCACAAAUCGCUUACCUUGGGUAUUCCAAUACUGCGUAUAAUGUUCCACGGAUUCUCCCAUUUGAGCCAGAUCAGUCUUCCGCUGCUCGUCUACCAUCCAACUCAGAUCAUCCUAGGUGGAAUGGUGGUCAGUCAUCUGAAGGAAUGGGGGCAGAAGCAUCGUAGACCGCCCGUCUAAAGAAAUCAAAUCAAUUUGGAAAUUUUAACCGCACACAUCACGAAUUCUUCUACUCUUUUAAAUGCAUGCUACUACAUGCUUACAAUUAUUUGUAAGCCGCCAUCAAUGCAAAUGCAACAGACAUUGCUAUUUCCUAGUACAUAGUUU